AUGAGUGUGAGAGAGACGGAUGAAUUGAGACAGCGGCAUUUGAAGCUGCUUUACCGGCUACGUGGUAGCGCAUCGCGCACUAUUGAUUACGAUGUGGUUAUCGAGCAAGAACAAGAGCAAGAGCAAGAGCAGCAGCAGCAGCAGCAGGAACCAGAGCGGGAACCGGAACUGGACCCAGUAUACGAGCAAGAGCAAGAUGAAAUGCCAGAGCUGGGCGAUGAUGCCCCAGACCUAGGGAAUUUUCAAGCAGACGAGUACGGUUCUGAUGAUCACGUGAUGUUGCCGGAGCAGCCAGUGGAAGUGGACCUCGCGCGGUUUGAGCAUAUGACUCUGCCGCAGCUAUCCACACCUCUCACUUCGAUGGCUACCAUCGAUGUGUUGCGAAGGCUGCUGGAAACGGUGCUCCAGUCAACUAUCGAAGACAGGAUUUCGCAGUUUCGCAGAGCAGGCUCUGCAAGACUCAAACUGAAGCUGAAGCUUGAGAUUAAAAUCCUUCAGCGGUUCCUGCAACAGUGCGUCCAGGACCUCUCAACGCUAUCGGACCUCAACCUUUCAAACAAUGACUUGGUGUAUAGACUGAAGCAAAUCUCAUUGCUCAAGAACUCAUUAUCCCAGUCACUUCUACAAGUUAGAAGCUCCGCUACCACAUAUGAGGAACCUCAAUUGGCUGUCGCCCAAAACCAAGUAGUACUGGAUAACUUUAAACGCAUCAAUGAGCUUAUCAUGCUGCAAAGGAAUCCAGACGAGGAGUCAAGUAAUCGGAACUUGCCUCCGGAUACCGCGAAGAUUGACCCUAACUCCAAAUCAGGGCUCUUAUCAGAGUUACGAAAGCUUAACGAAGGCAUACAAAAUAUAACAAACUGA